AUGAAAACAAAAUUUGUGUAAAUUGAGAGCGUAUAGUUUAGAGAGAGAAAACAUUGAAGCUUCGUUCUCCUCCUUCCGGCCUCUAUCUUUUUCAAGCCGCACAGGAAGACUGACCAACAUUUCCCUCUCUUUUUAUACAUUUACGACCUCCCCCGCCGUCACUCGCUUAAUCUUCCCAGCCACGCUCGCUCAUUCGCCUGCCGACCGAGUAGUAUUCACAUCGUGUUUUUGAAGCCGUUUCUCUUCGUUGAGGAAUGUAGGUGUUCUUUGGAUAAUUUUGCAAUUUCCGGUUCUUGUGGAAUGCACAGGUCUCAAAUGAUGGAUUAAAAAAUUAGUUGCAUAAAUUGGGUUGGGUUUUGCUUCAAGUCUUCUAUACCUCUGUUCUUAAGUUUUAGGUGAAGAAGGUGUUGGACAUACCUCUGAUAUCUCUUUUACCAAUUUCCAAUGUCCGAGGGGGAUAGAGAAGUAAUAAAACCUGAGAUGAUGAAGUCAUAUAUAUGGCUUCAAACUGCUGAUGGUUCAAUCCAACAAGUUGAACAGGAAGUUGCAAUUUUCUGCCCUUCGAUAUGUAAUGAACUACACACAGGAAUGGGAGCAUCGAAGAACUACCCUGUGUCACUUCCAGCCCGAGUUAACCCUGCUAUGCUGAGCUUAGUCCUUGAUUAUUGUAGAUUUCAUCAAGUUGCUGGACGCUCUAACAAGGAGCGGAAGUCUUUCGAUGAGAAGUUUAUCAGAAUGGAUACCAAAAGGCUUUGUGAGUUAACAUCUGCUGCAGACAGCCUUCAGCUGAAACCUUUGGUUGAUCUCACAAGUCGAGCUUUAGCACGAAUGAUAGAAGGGAAAACUCCAGAAGAGAUACGCGAGACAUUUCAUUUGCCCGAUGAUCUUACAGAGGAAGAGAAGUUGGAGCCUCUACGAAACAUGACAGAUGACCCUCGAAUUCGUCUUUUGAAUAGAUUAUACGCAAGAAAGAGGAAAGAACUAAGGGAGAGAGAAAGGUUGAAGAAUGCUGAGAUUGAAGAAGAACGUGUUGAUGACCGUUCUGUUGAUGAUCUUUUAUCAUUCAUUAAUGGAGCAGAUGGAGAUUCAAAAGUUGCCAAAACUAAAACUAAAAAGAAAAAUCGGAGAAGGAAAGACCAACAAAGAAAUGAUUCUUUCAAUGGCUCUACAUUGGAUAGUGCCUCUUCUUCUAAGGACUGUAGCACGAUGAAUAAGGAGGAAUUGAAUCAUGUUGAUCGGGUUUUCCAAAAGGAUAGAAUUAAUAAUGGUGUUCAUGUUAACAAUGGGGAUUUCAUGAAGCUUCUAGAACGUCUUGAAGAUGACCAAUUUGGAGCUGAAGGUGAAUUUGAUGAUGAUGACAUAGACGAUAUAGAUCCUGCGAUUAAGGAAGAAAUUGAUAGGGAAGUGGAGGAUUUUGCCAGGAGACUGAAUUCAGAUUGGCCAGAAAGAAUGCAAGAAAUUUUGUGCUUAAGCCAAGAAAGAAGGACUUGGGCUUGACUUUGAAUCAAUACUCUCCGAAAAUUGACAAUUCUUGAUGAGCUGCUGGAACAUUUUUGUUCACAAAACAAAAUAUUGAGACACUCAAAGGGCUCAAUUGUUGUCAAUGUAGAUUUUGUGUAAGUUUUUACUUAGUUUUGAUUUUUCACUUUAUUUUGUUUCAUGUUCAUUGCAGCAAGGCAAUUUUGAUAUUUGUAUUGUGAUAAAUUUUUUUCCUUUUCUUAUUCUGAAUUUGAACCCCAUGGGAAAACAUAAAUGGAAAGGGAUUUUUUAGUUGAGAACAUCA